AGGGAUAAUGGAUACAUAGUUUUCAACUGUAAAAAUGACGAGCAAUUUGUUGAUAUUUAUUCCUCAAAUAUUGCGCACCGAGCAAUCGGGCUAUGUGGUUGGUAAAGUGGUACACGACACCUGCAGUGACCUAAAAAAGUUCUACAUCGUCGGUCUGCGUAGGGUGGCCUCGGAGUUAGCCAACAGGUCCACGUUAGGCGUAAUCGGAUAUUAUUCCAACGGGAACGAGGAGGCGCCUUUGGAGCGCAAGCAUCCGAAUUGGGUGCACAUCGCAACGAGGCCGUCUGCGGGCGACGAGUACCGUCUGACGAGUGUCGUUCUCAACAACAAGAGAAUGGACCUGUCGGCGACGCGCACGACGCUUAUUCUGUACGAUCGACGUGCGUUACAGAAGACGGAACUGUUCGAGAGGUCGGCAACGUCGAGCGAUCAUUUCCACGAGCUCGCGAGGCUCAUCCAGAGUAAAGAAGAUGAGCUGAGGAUCAAGUCGACGAGUCUGCUGACCUAUCACAUAUCCUUCUAUUUGUUGCAUCCCAUUCUGUUGCUGUCUAAGAUAAUGGAGGGAUUGCUACCAAUCUUGAAGUACUCCUCCCUCGGCCUACACGUUUACGACUGGCUGGAGAAUGUCAAGUGGAUGCUGGCGACGGUUGUGCGGGACGGGAGCUUCAAACUGAAAACGGGAAACCAUGCACUAGCUAUUGUGAUAGACGUGGCGCUGGGAAUCUUCGUGCUGCGACUACUGCGAUAUUACAUCGAGGAUCAGCCGUCGCAGUUUCUUCUAAAUAAUGCAGAGAAAGUCGUAGAGACUCUAAGGGACCUGAUUAAUUGGUUGAUGGGCGUACCAGCUGGCCUCAAGCUUAAUCAUGCCCUUAACAACACUAUGGGAAAGUUCUUCCUAUAUCACAUACAACUUUGGUGGACAUUUCUGAUAUUUUCCAAGCCGCUUCUGGAUUUGGCGUUCGAAGUGUUGCUCCUAUUUGGAAGGCUGGGUAUCACGUUUCAAAUAUCCAUUGUCGCGGACCUUCUGGGUCUUGUCAGCUUCCACACGUACUGUAUUUACGUUUAUGCAGCAAGGCUUUUUAAUAUUCAGCUGAGAGGAAUCACGGCUCUCUUCAGGCUCUUCCUCGGGAAGAAGAAGAAUCCUCUGCGCGAGAGAGUGGACUCGUGUCAAUAUCAAACAGAUCAGUUAUUCGUCGGGACGCUGUCGUUCACCAUUCUUCUAUUCCUGAUGCCUACCACGUGGGUAUACUACACUGUAUUCACACUGCUCAGAUUAGCAUCAAUCGCAUUCGCCGGUUUUCUGACUAGGCUGAAGUUUUAUCUGCAAGUUAUUCCCGUUUACACCUUUUGGAAGUGGUUGCUACGAUCUUAUAGCACUCGUAGCAUUGUUGACAUCAGAUUGCAUCCUUAUUAUACCAAAGAACUUACAGUGCUGUCGAUGACCAUGGUUGUGGCUCCCUGGAAGCUCACAUGGAAAAAGUGCAUUCCAGACACAAUCGAUUGCUAUCCAGCCAUUGAGUGGUGUACAAUACUGAAUAAUGUCAUAUGGGGUCAUUUGUUGUAUCCAUUAUGAAAAACUAUAUUAAAUAUCUAUAUUUCUUAUUUAUUCAA